AUGCCUUCAGUGGUAGAUUUACUUACGAUUUUAUCAACGUUAUGGGUGUGGAUGUUUGUCGUUCUUUGUAUGAGCAAAAAGAGAUUCUUUGAACGAAACUAUUUUACUAGAUUUACGCAUAAAGCGAAUGAAGCAGUGAUAAACGACGACACAACGGCUGCAGCUACGUUCAGUGCAGAGGCGAAGACAGCCAUUGAGAAGAAUGAUGAUUUGGUGCAGCCGUCUGGUAGCAAUCAAACGCCAGAAACUAUUCCUCCGUCAAACCAGCAGCAACAACAACAACAACAACAGCAACCAGAUAACCGACCCACCUCAAAUUUCGCAUCACCACCCAAAACUCAACAACCAAGCACUCAAACAAAUCCACCAACAACCGCACCCGCACAACCACCAACUAUUCCUCAAACUCAAGCUCCAAGAAAGGAGGAUUCAGCGACCAAUAACAAAAUUGAACCGAAUGCUGAACAAGCGAACAUAAAACAACAGGACAAGAAUAAUGUUAAAUCGGUAGAGAGCGACAAGCAGCCGGCAUUAUUUCAGAAAUUAAACAUUUUUGCUGCAGCUGCAAGAAAGUUCAAGUUAGCAGUGUAUCCUUUGAAAGGAAUUGAACGUGAUAAGAGUGUAAAGAAGAGUAUAAAAGCAAAAAAACCGAAAUCACCACUAAACAAGAAACCUGACGCAGGCAAUGUAAGCGCUGCAGUGAAUGAACCAGAUAAACCCACCGAACCAAAAUUUUUGUCUGAAAAAUCAUGCAAGAACGACGAAAGGAAUGAUGAUGAACCUCAAUUUGAAUCCGUCAAAAAAGCAGCACCCAAAAAGAAACCAACGGAAGAAUUGUUCAAAUCGUGUAAAGUGUCGAAGAAGCCACAACAUAAGGGAGGUGAAAGUGCAACUGGAGGAGGGAAAGGAGGGGAAGAGGAGGACGAUGAAGAUUACGAUGAAGGAGACGAUACAUUGCAAGGAGUGAAAUCAUUAAAACAAGAUCUCAGUAUACCGUCAACUGUCGAGUAG